GGGACGUCUUUAUAAGCGUCUCUGCCCCUCUCCCCGCCCUCCCCAGCUCCGGGCUCGGGAUGGCGCUGGCCAUGGGGGUCGUCUCCCUCCUCCUCCUUUUCCUCUUGCUGGUCGUCCUCCUGCUGGGGCUCCGGGGCCGCCGCUCCUCUCGCCUUCCCCCGGGGCCGCUGCCGCUGCCGCUGCUGGGGAAUCUGGGCCAGCUGUGGCCGGGGGCGCUGUACCCUGGGCUGCUCCAGCUCAGUGCCGAGUAUGGCCCCGUGUUCACUGUUUACCUGGGCUCCCGGCCUGUAGUUAUCUUAAGUGGAUACGAGGCCGUCAAAGAGGCAUUGGUGGACCAGGCGGAGGCAUUCUCUGGGCGAGGGAAAGUGGCCACAUUGGAGAAGACCUUCAAUCAGCAUGGCAUUUUCUUUGCCAACGGGGAGCAAUGGAAACACCUUCGGAAGUUCACCACCCUCUCUCUAAGAAAUCUGGGCAUGGGGAAGAAAGAAGGAGAAGAACAAAUUCAAGAGGAGGCCAGAUACCUGGUGGAAGCGUUACAGAAUACCCAAGGGUCUCUGUUGGACCCUUCCCUGCUUCUGUCUCAGGCCGUCUCCAACAUCACCUGCGUUCUCCUGUUUGGAAGUCGCUUUGACUAUGAGGAUGCGAAGUUCCGAGAUCUGGUCCUUGCUGCUGCAGGCACCCUAAAGGAGAUUAGCACCCCGUGGGGACAGCUCUGCGAGAUGUUCUUGGGUCCCCUCUACUACCUGUCGGACAUCCUGCGCUAUCUCUCGGCUCCCCAUAGCCGGCUCAUAGACCACCUAAACACCCUGGCUACCUUUGUCUCAGGCCAGAUUCAGCAGCACCAGGAGAAGCUGGAACCUCAGGCCCCAGUCAGGGACUUUGUGGAUGAUUUCCUGCUCAAAAUGGGCCAGGAAGAAAAAGCCCCGGGCUCUGACCACACAGAUUUCCUGCUGACCGCUGUGAACCUGCUCUUUGCGGGGACGGUAACAGUCAGUGCCACGCUCAAAUACGCGUUCCUGCUCCUGCUUAAAUACCCAGAGGUCCAAGCUCGAAUCCAGGAGGAGCUGAGCAGAGAGCUGGGCCGUGACAGACCUCCCAGCCUGGGGGACCGUGGGCGUCUUCCCUACACUGAUGCCUUCCUGCAUGAGGUUCAGAGGUUCCUGGCCCUCAUCCCUAUGGGGGUGCCCCGCGCCCUCACAAAACCCACCACCUUCCGGGGCUAUACACUGCCCCAGGGCAUUGAAGUCUUCCCGCUCCUGGGCUCCGUUCUCCAUGACCCAGAGUUCUUUGAGAGGCCAAAGGAAUUCGACCCCAGCCGUUUCCUGGAUGCCGAUGGCCGAUUCAAGAAAAACGAGGCUUUCUUGCCUUUCUCCUUAGGGAAGCGAAUUUGCCUCGGAGAAGGCCUGGCCCGAACCGAAAUCUUCCUCUUCUUCACCACCAUCCUGCAGAAUUUCUCCCUGGAGAGUCCCUCCCCACCAGAGGCUCUGAGCCUCCAGCCGGCCAUCAGCGGCUUCGCCAACAUCCCCCCGGCCUUCCAGCUCCGAUUCAAGCCUCGUUGACUGGCCGGGGGAGAGGGCAGCAGGAGACCCGAAGCCCCAGAGCUGAUGAACUGGUGCUUGGGUUGGGAUGGACCCAAGGGGUUCAGAGCAGCUCCCUGAGACUCCCAGAGAGCAGAGACCUUGGGGCAGAUUCAUCCCUUCCAGACUCACUUCCAACAUGCACCCCCAGCUUUGCUCACAAAGGCAGGUGCCCCAGCGUCCCAUAUUUAUUCAGCUCAAGGCUCCCUUUCUUAGCCUCGUCCUACGUGGGACACGUAGAAAAGGCCAAUUUGGAGCUGGGGAUCCGGGUUCUAAUUCUGCCUGUCCUCCCUCGGUCACGGGGCACUACCCCUUUUUCUGAGUGGUGACAAUUCUUACAUAAUCCACGGCUCACAAGCCAGUGCGUCUCCCCGGGGGACACUUAAACACCCCCUAACUUUCUCAGGAGCACAGAGUAAGUAGGAAAGGACCUACCCAGUCCACCCAACCCUUACUGAGCCAGCGUUCUGCCGGCCCCAUCCUGGACAGCUUCCUCUGCUGUUUGAGUACCCUGGCUCCAGAGAGGGGGAAGCCAUUCCUGGGGGGAAGAAAGAGCCCCACUUUCUCUUCCCUGGCUCUCUGCUAGUCUUACCCAGGGCACUAACGGGCCAAAUCUCCACAGCUCCCCCACUCCCCGGGGAAAGGGCAGACCCAUCAGCCUCUGCGCGGUUCCUCCGAGGGGGCUGGGCCGUCGGACCCCCCUGCAAACGUCCUCCCCAAAGCCCCGGGGCCCUGGAAAGGAGGCUGUGGCCCUCCCCCUCCCCUCAUGCCCCCAAUAAACACUCUGACCUCCAAGAGCGAGAAUGCUGUG